UCACUGUACUUUUAUUUAUUUGCACAUUUAUUUUUUAUUUAUUUGUUUGUCUGAAAUAUUUAUCCAUACUCCCUCGUUUUCAAAGAUGACGCCAGCACGUCUCCAAAGCACUUAAAGCGAAAGUUGUUACCUCCGUCCAGCAGAUGGUAGCAAUAAAUAAUGAUGGGCAAUCCCGGCCUGCCAUUGGAAGCUGUCACUGUUUACUUUGAAAGUCUAAGACGUUUUCUUUCCAGGCAUUUUCAAACCUGUGACUGGCUUCUGUCAUGGCUGUUCCCGGGUUAUCUUGGUCGGAAAGAGCGUUGAGUCUAGUCCAGAAGAUGAAUAACUUUUAUUCACCAGGAUCUAGCAGGUAUCAGUGCAGGCCUUUCAGAGUUGGAGGCAAAGAGGUAGGCAAAAUCCCUCCUGCUGUACUGAAAGAAUUACAUCAGUUUCCAGAUAUCUUCUUCUUCAGCAAGGCAGAAAAUGGAGCAGUAGAGCUUAAUUAUCAGCUUGUAUCAUAUCAGGAGAGAUCAUCAGCAAUGGAAGGGGUUCUCCAGAAGAUACGAGCAAAACACAAGUUUCUUUGUCUUGAAGGGUGGAGAGAUGAGAAAUAUGAUGUGAAGCCUAAUUUUUUGGAUCAGCCCUUGAUGUGUAUGGAAAGAGCAGCUACAAGUUUGUUUGGAGUGAAGCGUUACGGAGUUCAUGUGAAUGGUUUUACUAGACCAGACGAUGGACAGCUUGCUAUGUGGUUGGGCCAAAGGUCGUUUACUAAGCAGACAUACCCUGGCCUGCUUGAUAACAUGGCAGCAGGUGGAAUUCCUGCACAAAGCGGAAUAAAAGAAACACUAAUCAGAGAAUGUGCAGAGGAGGCUUCCAUCCCAAUGGCAAUAGCAGCAACAGCUGUUCCUGUCAGUGCCAUUAGCUACACACAUGAAAAUGAACUAGGAAUUUUUCCAGAAUGCCAAUUUGUGUUUGAUCUGGAGGUUCCAAAAGAGUUUGAACCCACCAAUGCAGAUGGAGAGAUGCAAAAAUUUUACUUGUGGCCAAUUAAUAAGGUAAAGGAUGCCAUUGUUUCUACUGACUUUAAACCAAACUGUGCUAUGGUUUCUUUAGAUUUCUUGAUUCGGCACUCUUACCUGAGUCCUGACUCUGGCCUCAUUCCGUUUUCUGUAAACAGUAGAAUGAUGAGCUUUACCUUUCAAAGGAACCGUGGCUGGUGUGACGGAGACAAGAGAGAAGCAGGAGGAGGGUUACUGUGUACUCUAUUGUGUUCACUACUCAUGGAAUCACUGCAAUAUGUUGGCUCGCUGGAAUUUUUUUCUUUUCGUGCAACUUUAACAAGGAAACCGUCCAAUGAUAGCUGCCUUUGCCUCCUUUUGAGGAUUUCGCGGAAAUGCGACAUUGCAUUGUCAUUAAACAGAUUAAUCGCUUGCACUGCUACCCCUUAUUUGGGUGGUGAUUUUCUACAAAGUUUUGCACUCUUUCCCACAUUUUACACAUCUCCCUGAUCUCAUUUGAAGUGAGGGAUUCCUCCGUCUUUUUCUCCUCCUCCUCAGACGAGAUGUCCUCUAUAACCUCUUGCUGUUGCUCGUGAUGCAGAUCUAUCAGUUCGUCGGUGGUCAUGUUCCUCCACCAGUUCUUGAAUGUCAUCCUCAUUUACCUCCAGUCCCAUGGUCUUCCCCCAGGACACAAUUUCAUCAACAACUGGCGGCUCCUUUUCAUGAGCAGACCCCUCAGAGUCAUGUCGAAAAAUGCAAUCGGGCCACAGUUUUCUCCAAGCAGAAUUGAGGGUUCUCUUGGUGAUUCCUUCCCAGGCUUUAUCAAUGUUCUUAAGGCAGCUCAUGAUGUUGAAAUGAUUUUUCCAAAACUCUCGGAGUGUAAGGUUUGUUCUUUCAGUCACCUCGAAGCAUCGCUAAAAUAGUGCUUUGGUGUAAAGCUUUUUAAAGUUCGAAAUGACCUGCUGAUCCAUGGGCUGAAGUAGGGGAGUGGUGUUGGGAGGAAGAAACUUGACCUUAAUGAAGUCGAAUUCCUCCAGUAGGUCGUCCUCAAGGCCUUGAGGAUAAGCUGGAGCAUGAUCCAUAAGCAGCAAGACUUUGAGUGGCAGAUUAUUUUCUGAAAGGUAUCUCUUCACUGCAGGACCGAAGACCUCAUUGAUCCACUCAAUGAACAAGAUACGAGUGACCCAAGCCUUGCUGUUGGACCUCCACAUUACAUUUACCUAGCUCUUUUGCAACUUACAUUUCUUGAAAGCUUGUGGAUUCUUAGAAUGAUACACGAACAGGGGCUUGACUUUGAAAUCCCCGCUUGAAUUAGCACACAACAAGAGGGUGAGACGAUCUUUCAUGGGCUUGUGACUGGGCAUUGCAUUCUCCUCUGCUGUAAUGUAAGUCCUCUUUGUCAUCUUUUUCCAAAAAAGCCCCGUCUCAUUGCAGUUUAAAACUUGCUGUGACAGGUACCGCUCAGAAACCAUGAGCCUCUGGAACUCUGCAGUGAAUGCCUCAGCUGCCUUACCGUCCGAACUUUUGCAGCCUCUCUGUGCCUCACAAUACUAUGGAUGCCACUUCUCCUUUUAAAGUUAUCAAACCAUCCCCUGCUGGCCUUGAAGCCUUCUUCAUUUUCUGUUGACACACCUGAUAGUUUACUUACGAGGUCAGCGUACAAGCUCUUUGCCUUCUCACAGAUCAAGUUCUCGGUCACGGUAUUGCCUGCUAGUUGCUUCUCAUUUAUCCACACGAGAAGCAACUUUUCUACAUCUUCCAGAACAUGUGGCCGUUGCUUUGAUACACUCUUGACUCCUUUUGCUGCAUCUAGCGCCCUUAUUUCUUCUCUCUUCUUUAAUAUCGUGCAAAUCGUGGAAGUAGAUUUUUUAUAAAAUCUUGCAAUGUCGGCCACUUGCACACCUCAUUCAUGCUUCUCAAUGCUUUCCUUCUUAAUUUCCACCAUAAUCAUCUCCAUCUUCUUAGCACCUUCCUUUUCAACUUUUUUCUUAAUGGGGGGCAUUUUCACACACACAAUAAUGUUAUAUACUAGCACAGAUGUUGACUUAUACGAGUGAGCCACAAUCCCGCAGUUAGAGAGAGGGAAGUUGUGAUCACGUAAGGCUCUGCAGACGAAGCAUAUGCAUACUUCUUGUACUGCAAGACCUCGCUCGUUUAUCAAGGCAAAAUUUAUUUCAUAGUUUUGCUCGUCUUGCAAACCAAGUUACUCGCAAACCAAGGUUCCACUGUACUUUACAUUAGUUAUUAUCAUAUUAGCACUUGCAGUAUUUCCAGUUAAAAGUCAAUUCAAUAUGAGCUUUCUUGGUUAUUGAUUUUAAUUAUAGAAUGAAUAAUAUACAGUUUAACAUAAAGGAAAAUUUGUUAACUAUGAAGCAUGACAGUAAGCAUGGGAAUAGAGACACUCAAGACAAAAUGUCUAAAACUAUUGAUAUAAGGUGAAGAUACAUUUUAAACUAGAAGUCCCUUGAUACAAGUAAAAUGCACCAUUUGUUUGAUAACUAUUGUUUUUCAUGAAGAAUGUGAAUUUUAUUGUGUAAUAGUAAUUGAUACAGAAGGAUGGAACAAAUGUGAAUAUUAAUAUAUUAGGAACUUUGCAUUAUGAUUAGAUGCAACAUUAGGACACAAAUUUUAUAAUAUUGGUUUUAAAGUUUAAACAUGCUAAAUUAGAUGCAGGGUAUAGUACAAACCUUUAAAGUUUGUAGAACAUGAUAUAAGGGAAUUUUAAGUUUGUGGGAGAGUGCUGAUGGUGUUUUUAGGAAUUGGGGUAAUUAAGGCCAUAUUGACAGAAACAGUUGAUGGCAAUACAGGACAAAUAAUAUAGCUUCUUGGGCCUAAGUAAUAUAGAAGAUAGCAAAACAUAGUAAUAAUUCAGCACAACAGAGAUGGAGUGCCUUAUGCAUGGAGUAGUGAGUGUGCAGUUUGUGAAAUUGGAAUGCCUAGAUACAAACCAAGGAUCCCAGCUGGUGGCAGAAGACUUUAAAAUCAAUAAGAAGCUUGGGUACAACCCUUGUAAUUUUAACGUGACCUUGACAUGAGCCAGUGGCUUGCAUUAAUGAUUGUAGUGCUGACAUCUUCUGAAGAGAAGAUCGACACCUCCUUUUAACAAGAUAGCUGUUUUUAUGCAGCAAAGGUAAUCAUCUAAUUUAAGACCAAAGCAGGACAUAAAUUGUGGCAACUUUAUGGGUGAGAACAUGAGGAUGUGAGCAUGGUUGUUUGUAUAAGGAUUCUAUUUCUGGUUAUUGUACACAUCAUUGGCACCAUAAAUGAUGUCCUUUGGAAGUAUUUAAAGUAAAUACUUGUGCUGUCUGUGUUGCCACCACCAAUAAUAAAUAAAUAAAAAAUAUAGGAUUAGGUACACUUUUGUGAGCUAAGAUAGGCAAUGUUUGUUGGAUAAGAAGGAAAUCAAAUAGUUGUUGACAAUGUUUUCAUCAUCAUACUUGGAAGUCCUGAGGUUAUGGGACGCAAAUCUGAGAGUUAUAGGGGAAAGCAAGUAAUGGCAGUAUACUCUAUGUUCACUAUUAUUGUUUUCAUUAGUUAUUGAUGUAUGUGAUUUAUCUUAGGUAUUAAUGAUUUACAUUGAUUUCUGUUAUUCCCCAAAUUCAGCUAGCCAGGAAUCUUUUACUUCCUUUUAGCCUCUAAUGGGGGACAUAUUUAGGAUACACAUGUUUUAUACAGAUUAGCAAUAUGGUUUCAGUAGGAAGUUAUUCCUUACAGUUUUAGGGGGACUUUAAACACAUCCUAGAGGGGGGAAGCGUGGAAGAAUAAUUUAGGGUAACAUAGCAUUCAUCUAAAAGAAAUUGCAUAAAGGCAACCUGUUCAGGCACACCUGGAAACCAGAUAAAGGUCAAGUGAACAACAAAAUGUACACUGAAAUAUAAGAACUGGU